GUGCUGUUUACAGGUCGUAAUGAGUCUGCGCUUAUAAAUAGACCGGACCUCGAAUAUACCAACAUACACAUGUGAAUAAACGGCGAAGCAACACUAUACAUGUGUCGGUCUUAACAGACUCGAUACACGUGCUUACAAAAUGUCGGGGCUCGAGAAAAAGAGGCUCAAGGAGGACAAAGUACGUGCAAAGAACUGGAAACGCUGGGGCCCCUAUCUGUCGGAGAGGCAAUGGGGUACCGUUAGGGAGGAUUACUCGGACAAUGGCGACUGCUGGUCCCACUUUACCCAUGACCAGUCUCGCUCCCGAGCGUACCGCUGGGGCGAGGACGGCCUCAUGGGAAUCACAGACCGCCAGUGCCGCCUCUGCCUCUCCCUGGCGCUCUGGAAUACCCGGGACCCCAUACUGAAAGAGAGACUGUACGGUCUGACCGGCCAUCAGGGAAACCAUGGCGAGGACGUGAAGGAACUGUAUUACUACCUGGACAACACGCCCACCCACUCGUACAUGAAGGCCCUCUACAAGUACCCGCAGGCGGAGUUUCCGUACGCCGAACUCGAGGCUGAGAACGCGCGACGCGGGGUCAAGGACCCGGAAUAUGAACUGCUGGACACAGGAGUGUUCAACGAGAGUCGCUACUUUGACGUGACGGCCGAGUACUGCAAGAAAAGUCCCAACGACAUAUUGGGCCGAUACACGGUGGUGAACCGAGGCCCGGAGCGCGCCACCGUGCACGUGCUUCCCCAACUCUGGUACCGCAACGUCUGGGACUGGGGCGAUGACUGCGAGGCAUAUGUGGAAACGAAACCAAUCUUACAGAAAGACAAAAGCGGAAGAAUACGCUGUGAACACCCAUCUCUAGGCAAAGUGCAGGAGCAGUACCGGCUGAACAGCAUGGACAACUAUGUGAUGGACCUGGACUGUACUCACAACCGCGACCUCCACGACGGACGAGGAUUUUCCGCGAAGCAGGGACUCAACGUACAGGACGAAAGUGUGUUUUACUUUGAGUUUGGCCCGGAUGCCGACGGAAAGCAGGUCCCUGUGAUAUUUACUGAAAAUUCCACAAACUACGAGCGUCUUUAUUGUGUGAAGAACAGGGUGCAAUAUGUGAAGGAUGCAUUCCACGACUAUGUUGUCCACAAUAAGAAAAACGUCAAUCUCAAAUACGGGACAAAAUGUGCCGGCCAAUACAUCCUUGAUCUUGACGCCGGACAGGGGGCUGUGAUAAAAGUGAGGCUGUACACGAGUUCGGAGGCUCCGCCGGGGGAAGCCUUCACUGAAGAAUUCGAAAAUAUAUUUAAAAUCAGGAUAAACGAGGCUGACAUGUUUUAUGACGAGGUGAUCCCCACCCGUAAGAAACAGGAGCAGCGUAUUGCGAGGCAGGCGUACGCAGGUCUCCUUUGGAGCAAGCAGUUCUACUACUACAUCUUGAAGGAGUGGCUUCGCGGCGACUCCAACCAACCCCCGCCUCCCCCUAGUCGGGCCUUAUGGGGACGCAACAAAGACUGGACCCACCUAUUCAAUCGUGACGUCGUCUCCAUGCCGGACAAGUGGGAAUACCCGUGGUACGCUUCGUGGGAUCUCGCGUUCCACAUGAUCGCCAUGUCGAGGGUGGACAUCCAGUUCGCCAAGGCACAGCUCGUACUGCUGCUGAGGGAGUGGUACAUGCACCCGAACGGACAGAUUCCAGCGUACGAGUUCGCAUUCGAUGACGUUAAUCCGCCAGUGCACGCGUACGCAGUCCUCAGGAUCUACAAGUUCUCCGGUCUAAAGGGUACGAGAGACGAACAGUUCCUGGCGCGGUGCUUUCAUAAACUCGUCCUUAACUUUACGUGGUGGGUGAACCGGAAGGACAUAGAGGGCAAGAACAUCUUCUCAGGGGGCUUCCUAGGCCUAGAUAACAUCGGAGUGUUCGACAGGUCAAAGCCGCUACCCGGCGGAGGCUUCUUGGCACAGGCGGACGCCUCUGCGUGGAUGGGUUUCUUCUGCUCCAUCAUGCUAGAGAUGAGUCUUCUGCUCGCCAGCAGAGAGCCCAUCUACCAGGACAUGGCCAGCAAGUUCUUCGAGCACUUUGUCUCCAUCGUGGACGCCAUGAAUCACGUCGACGGCGUCGGCCUGUGGGACGAGACGGACGGGUUUUUCUACGACCACGUGCGCAACAACCACCUUAGCCAGCCAGUGAAGAUCAAGUCGAUGGUGGGGCUCAUACCCCUCUGCUGCGCCCUUGUGCUCGAAGAUAAGGAUUUCCGCAAACACCCGGGCUUCGCCAAACGCACCAAGUGGUUCAUUGAGAACUGCAAGGAUCUCUCAAAAGGGAUCUCUCUGAUGACCCGCGGGACCCAUAAGGAGGGUUCCCUGCUGCUGUCUAUUGUCAACAGGGAGAAGAUAAUCCGCAUCCUGGGCCACAUGCUUGACGAGAAGAAGUUUCUGUCACCAUACGGGAUCCGAUCUCUGUCUAAGGAGCAUUAGAAAGAACCCUUUACGCUGCAUCUGGGCGGAGGCUCGUACAGUGUUAAAUACGAGCCAGGCGAGUCCGAGUCCAAACUGUUCGGCGGCAACAGCAACUGGCGGGGACCUAUUUGGUUGCCCAUGAACUAUCUAAUCAUUGAAAACCUCCGGCGGUAUGACGACUUCUUCGGGGACGAGCUGAAGGUAGAGUGCCCCACGGGGUCGGGCGUCCUUAUGCGCCUCGGGGAAAUUGCACAGGUUCUGGAGCGGCGCCUCAUCAAUCUCUUCCUGCCCGACGCCAAUGGGAAACGACCUUGUCACGGUAAAGAUGAGAUUUACGCAACGGACCCGCACUUCAAGCAUCUCUGUCUGUUCUACGAGUAUUUCCAUGGGGAUACAGGCAGAGGGUGCGGGGCCAGCCACCAGACGGGCUGGACGGCGUUGAUUGCAAACAUCCUCGAGAAGAGCACAGAUGUAGAGGAAGGAUACGACAGCGCCGACGACUUAGAAUUCUUUGACUAGACGGGUGACAUUUUCAUGCAUAGAAUUGCGUGGUUUAGACUGAUUUUAUGUCCUCAAAUUUGGGUUGUGCAUUUUCAAGAAACGCUUGUGCCUUAGAUAUCACGGCUGAAUUUUAACAAUCUGACGAAUUUCGUUUGGCCAAAGAUCUGUAUAUAAUAGAAGUAAAUAAAUCUCUGGCUAUGCUAAACUGUUAUAAUUUCUACUUAUUUGGUCUUUGAAUGGAUUUAACAUUAUGACUGUGACCUCGGUACCGUGAACAUUUGAGUCGUGUUCUGAGAAAACUGGGCAUAAUGCAUGUGCGUAAAGUGUCGUUCCAGAUUAGCCUGUGCAAUCCGCACAGGCUAAUCAGGGACGACACUUUCCGCUUUUAUGUUACAUUUGUAUUUUUAGUUUCAAGGAAGUCCCUCUUUACCGAAAAUCAAGUUUAGGCGGAAAGAGUCGUCCCUGAUUAGCCUGUGCGGACUGCACAGGUUAAUCUGGGACGACACUUUACGCACAUGCAUUUUGCCCAAUUUUCACAGAACGCGACUCAUUUGUAUUGAGCCAGUAGGAUUUUAUUUCAGCAGACUGGGUUGUAAAUCUGUUUUCGAACACAAUGGAUUGAUUAAUUGUUUCCUGUUGACUAAAGAAGUUAAACUGAUUGAAUUUGCACCAAUCGGCUCUAUCCUCUUGACUGCGUGGUGAUAUUUUUACAAUGCUAAGACAUUUGUUACUAUAUUAUACGUCUGUAUGUGUUUGUGUUAAUGGUUUUGUAAAACAAACAUCUACAUCAUGAGUAAGUAUGAAAUAAUCAGAAUCGCAUGAAUAACGAGUCAUUGAAUCUGAAUCGAAGACGUCGACUGAAAAAAGCUCAAAAUACGUUUUCUUAUUGAAGUUUUUUUUAUCUGAAUACAUUAUUGCAUUGAAGCGAUCCAGAAUAUAAUCAUGCAACCAGACUUGAGCAUAGCUAAUCGCCGUAUUAAAAAACUUAUGUUUACUUUUGAAAAAACAACACUAUUUUAUUCAUUAACGUUUGCAUCGAACUUAUUUUAUACUGAAUAAGUAAACCAAACGAUUUAUUCUUAAAAAUCGUUUUAAGUAUAUU